AUGCCCCCGGUGAUUGUUGUCCCUCCGCUGAGUGUUCCGGUGGCUCCUGUCGCUGGUCACUUCGCUGUGCCAGUUGCUCUCGAGGGUCUUCCGGAUGGUCCCUACAGUGCCCCAGACUGUGCCUCAGACAGUGCCUCAGACUGUGCACCAGACUGUGAAUCAGACUGUGCCUCAGACAGUGCCCCAGACAGUGCCCCAGACAGUGCCCCAGACUGUGCCUCAGACAGUGCCCCAGACUGUGCCUCAGACUGUGCUCCAGACUGUGCCUCAGACUGUGCUCCAGACUGUGCACCAGACUGUGUCUCAGACUGUACCUCAGACAAUGCCCCAGACAACUGUGCCCCAGACUAUGCCCCAGACUGUGUCUCAGACUGUGCCUCAGACAGUGCCCCAGACUGUGCCCCAGACUGUGCCCCAGACUGUGCACCAGACUGUGUCUCAGACUGUGCCCCAGACUGUGCCCCAGACUGUGCUCGAGACUGUGCCUCAAACUGUGCCCCAGACAGUGCCCCAGACUAUGCCUCAGACUGUGCCCCAGACUACUGUGCCCCAGACUGUGCCACAGACUGUGCCUCAGACUGUGCUCGAGACUGUGCCUCAGACAGUGCCCCAGACUGUGCUCGAGACUGUGCCCCAGACUGUGCCACAGACUGUGCCCCAGACUGUGCCUCAGACUGUGCUCGAGACUGUGCCUCAGACAGUGCCCCAGACUGUGCUCGAGACUGUGCCUCAGACAGUGCCCCAGACUGUGCUCGAGACUGUGCCCCAGACUGUGCCACAGACUGUGCUCCAGACUGUGCCCCAGACUACAGUGCCCCAGACUGUGCCUCAGACAGUGCCCCAGACUGUGCACCAGACUGUGUCUCAGACUGUGCCUCAGACAGUGCCCCAGACAGUGCCCCAGACAGUGCCCCAGACUGUGCCUCAGACAGUGCCCCAGACUGUGCCUCAGACUGUGCUCCAGACUGUGCCUCAGACUGUGCUCCAGACUGUGCACCAGACUGUGUCUCAGACUGUGCCACAGACAGUGACCCAGACAACAGUGCCCCAGACUGUGCUCCAGACUGUGCUCCAGACUGUGCCUCAGACUGUGCUCCAGACUGUAACUCAGACUGUGCACCAGAGUGUGCACCAGACUGUGCCCCAGACUGUGCACCAGACUGUGCACCAGACUGUGCACCAGACUGUGCCCCAGACUUUGCACCAGACUGUGCCUCGGACUGUGCUCCAGACUACUGUGCCCCAGACUGUGCACCAGACUGUGCACCAGACUGUGCACCAGACUGUGCACCAGACUGUGCAUCAGACUGUGCCCCAGACUGUGCACCAGACUGUGCUCCAAACUGUGCUCCAAACUGUGCACCAGACUGUGCACCAGACUGUGCCCCAGACUGUGCCCCAGACUGUGCUCCAAACUGUGCACCAGACUGUGCACCAGACUGUGCUACACAGUGGUUGGGUUAA